AUAUCCGUGGAAUCCAAGAGUUUUUGGACAAAGUAUCCCAGCAGGGAAUGGAUGUCGCACUUCAGAAAGUAGAGAACAACAUCAAUAAAAUGAUCACAGGACUCUUCACCACCAUGCGGAUUGAAGAACUCAACCGCUAUCGGGACACGCUGAGGCGGGCCAUUUUGGUAAUGAACCCUUCGACAGCCAAGUCCUUCAUUACUGAGGUUGUGGAAGCCAAUUUGGUUGCUUUUGACUGUCACUGGAUCAUUAUAAAUGAGAUUACCAACCUUUACAUAUACGAUACGGUGUUGUUGCUGGCAAAUGCUUUUCAUAAGAAGCUGGAGGACCGAAAGUGGCACAGUAUGGCUAGCUUGACAUGCAUUAGGAAGAAUUCCAAACCCUGGCAAGGAGGGAGAUCUAUGCUGGAUACAAUCAAGAAGGGUGGAGUGAAUGGCUUGACAGGAGACUUGGAGUUUGCAGAAAAUGGAGGAAACCCCAAUGUUCUGUUUGAGAUCCUAGGGACAAACUACGGAGAGGAACUGAGCAGAGGAAUCCGCAAGCUGGGCUGCUGGAAUCCUGGUACUGGUCUCAAUGGAUCACUAACAGAUAGAAGACUGGAAAAUAACAUGCGGGGAGUAGUUCUUCGUGUAGUUACUGUGUUGGAGGAACCGUUUGUGAUGGUGUCAGAAAAUGUUCUGGGCAAACCAAAGAAAUAUCAGGGUUUCUCAAUUGAUGUCCUGGAAUCUUUAUCUACUUAUCUUGGCUUCACAUAUGAAAUUUAUGUUGCACCAGAUCAAAAAUACGGGCUUCCACUGGAGAAUGGGACUUGGAAUGGACUGAUUGGAGAACUAGUAUUAAAGAGAGCUGAUAUAGGCAUUUCUGCAUUGACGAUUACACCAGACCGGGAAAACGUGGUCGAUUUUACAACGCGCUACAUGGACUACUCGGUGGGGGUCUUGCUGCAAAAGGCUGAAAAAACCAUGGAUAUGUUUGCUUGCCUGGCACCAUUUGACCUCUCCCUCUGGGCUUGCAUCGCUGGCACAGUGCUGCUCGUCGGACUCUUGGUCUAUCUUCUCAACUGGCUUAAUCCUCCGCGGCUUCAGAUGGGAUCGAUGACCUCCACAACCCUCUACAACUCCAUGUGGUUUGUGUAUGGAUCCUUCGUGCAGCAAGGGGGAGAAGUUCCCUAUACUACACUGGCAACUCGAAUGAUGAUGGGUGCCUGGUGGCUGUUUGCCUUGAUCGUCAUUUCAUCCUACACUGCAAAUCUAGCGGCUUUUCUCACCAUCACUCGCAUUGAGAACUCCAUCCAGUCUCUUCAAGAUCUCUCCCGGCAGACAGAUAUUCCUUACGGCACCGUUUUAGAUUCUGCAGUCUAUGAACAUGUACGGGUGAAAGGCAUGAAUCCUUUCGAGAAGAAUAGCAUGUAUUCGAAGUUGUGGCAGAUGAUCAACCGAAGUAACGGGUCUGAGAACAACGUGCAAGAAUCCCAGAUUGGCAUUCAUAAGGUCAAAUAUGGAAAUUACGCCUUUGUUUGGGAUGCCGCCGUUUUGGAAUACGUUGCUCUAAAUGAUCCAGAUUGUUCCUUCUACACCGUUGGGAAUACUAUUGCAGAUCGAGGAUACGGAAUUGCUCUUCAACAUGGAAGCCCCUACAGAGACGUCUUCUCACAAAGGAUUCUAGAACUUCAGCAGAACGGACACAUGGAUCUACUGAAGCAUAAGUGGUGGCCAAAGAAUUCCCAGUGUGAUCUGCACUCCUCGGUGGACCCCAAAUAUAAAGGCGGCGCCUUGGACAUAAAAAGCUUUGCAGGUGUUUUUUGCAUACUGGCAGCUGGGAUUGUUCUCUCCUGCUUAAUUGCCAUGUUGGAAACAUGGUGGAAUAAAAGAAAAGGCUCACGGGUUCCUUCAAAAGAGGAUGACAAAGAAAUUGAUCUAGAGCAUCUCCACAGGCGUGUGAACAGCCUCUGCACAGAUGACGAAAGUCCCCAUAAACAGUUUUCCACUUCAUCCAUUGACUUGACUCCCCUGGACAUUGACACUUUGCCCACGCGUCAAGCCCUGGAGCAAAUCAGUGACUUCAGGAACACUCACAUCACGACCACAACUUUCAUACCAGAGCAGAUCCAGACUCUUAGUCGCACACUUUCAGCUAAAGCUGCUUCUGGAUUCCCUUUCGGCAACGUGCCUGAACACCGGACUGGCCCUUUUAGGCACAGGGCUCCAAAUGGGGGCUUCUUCAGAAGUCCUAUCAAAACAAUGUCUUCAAUUCCGUAUCAACCCACUCCGACUCUAGGGCUUAACAUCGGCAACGAUCCAGACCGAGGCACGUCCAUCUAAAACUGCAGACAUUGCUUUGUCACUGUUUCUUCUUAGGACUCCCUUUCCAAGGAGCGGCUGUGAUAUUGUGGAACUAACCUGGAUGUAACUUUUUUUUUUAAAAAAAAGAAACCUGAAGUAUUAGUAACAACUCAUUAUCCUUCCUCUUGCCCUCCUCUUUUUCAUUUUUUUCUCUCUCUUCUUCCACUACGUUAGGCUGUGAUUUUUUUCAGCCCGGUUUCUUUAAGGUGGCUAAACUAAAGUGGUUCUGGAGUAAGUCUUUUCUAGAACAUGUUACAACUUUAACUUUGUAACCAUCAAGCUGGUGGGACUACUCUGAAGUAAAUGCAACCUGAGCUACUGUAGGACCAACUGCCGGCCAUCUUCUAAAACUCUGUUAGUAGUUUCCGCUAGGCAGGUCUUCAAUUAUGAUUCCAAUAGGCUGUUUCUGAGCGCACCAGGAUGUAAGUGUAACAACUGUUUGCCAUUCUGUAAAGCAGCGAUGUAUUCUUAUUUUUUUAGGCAUUGUGUAGAAGCUUUAAGAUCCCCAGGGUGGGGGGGGCGGUUGAUAACAAGUGUUUAAAUGUUCAUACAGGUGUAGUAAUGGUACCCUCUUAUCUUCCCUAUUGGCUUGGUAGUAGGAGCACAUAUGUGCUAGCUUCGGUCUCGCGUGGCAUUUCUGGGCAUGUGCAGAAGGUAUGUGAUGAUGUCUGGGUGGGUGGGCGGAGCCACUACCAGUUCACCCGAACCAGUGUGAACCGGUAGAAUAACACCUCUGUACAGGUGCUAGUAUUCCCACAUGUUCCCAAGCACCGUUUUGGAAAUGAACCCGAAGGUUUACACAGCAUUAUGUCAUAACACUUGAAAUAUAGGAACUAAAUAUGAAGUCUGUGUAAAAAAAAAAUAUUACAAUGUCCUUUCACUGAAAUACCUUUGAAUUGGUUUUAUUUAAUAUAUAUAUACAUAUUCAUAAUUGCAAUAAUGUGUCUGUUCUCGGACAUCCAUUUCAUGCUUCUCUGCUCUAGAGUGUGUCCUUUUCAAUUGUGGACCAAAUGCCAACCUUGCAGUUUUUGUAGGGAAAACGAAAACGAGAGAAAUGGUAAAGAGAAGGGAGAGACCAUUUAACAUCAGAAUGCAAUUUUGUAGAAUUUUCACAAAGCCAUCGCUAUGCCAGUAAAGACUACAGUUAAAUCUCCUUUUUGCACUGCAACAGUGCAUAUGAUCUUUCUGGAAUUGUACAGAGUUUAAAAGGGUUUUUUGUUUUGUUUUGUUGUUUUGUUUUCCUAUGUACAGAGAACUGUAUCAUACGGCAGAAUCUUCUAUUAAACAAAUUAGUUUCCCAUACAUACAUAUAUAUGCCUAUCUAUCUAUCUAUAUAUAUACAUGCUUUGGUAUAUGUGAGUGGGCGUGUGUGGGAGGGUAUAUAUGUAAAUACAUGUGCACACACACGCACACGCACACACACAUAUAUAUAUCUAUAAAAUGGCAGCCAGUGCUAUUGCAAUUUGUCUAAUAAAGCUUUAGUAAGAACAAGUGGAUUCUGGUAAGGUGUACAGGGCAAAGAGUCUCUUUUUUUUUCAAAGAUGGGGUGCUUUAACACUAUUCUGAUUUACAUUGUUUGAUCGAACGUAUUUUAUAUUGUUGCUUUUUAAUUAGAUCAUCCAGGGUCAUUUAACAUUUGUAACAAGUUGUGCAAGUCACUCAUUUGGUGUAUUUUUCAGAGUGUAAGACGCACAUUCCCCCCACCCCCACCCGGAAGGACGCUGAAAAUUUGGGUGCGUCUUAUACUCCGAAUGUAGCUUUUUUGAAGCUGUUUUUCAGCCCUAAUGAGGCACUAAGGAGUGAAGCGAUCUUCCAGGCUUCCCCUGCCUUUCUCAUUGCUUCUCUCUCCCAUGAUCAGUUCUGCUUUAGAAGCUGUUUUUUUUAUCCCCAACUAGGGGAUAAAAAGCAUGUGGGUGCUCAAAACCAGCAAACGUAUGUGCUGAAGCUGACUAGACUAAGGAAGCUAACCAGAUGAAUAUCUGGUAGGCAGAAUUUUUUUUCCUAUUUCUCCCCAAAAACUAAGGUAUGUCUUAUACUCCAAAAAAUACGGUAGAUUUUUUUUUUUUUUGCAAUCGCUAUUCAACAGUGUUUAAGCUUAUGGUUAAUCAUGCUUUUACAUUAAAUUGCAAAAUUGGAAAGCAUUCAUUAGGUUAAAAAUACAAAUGCAUAUCCACAGGGAUAUCUGAUUUUCAGCUCUCCGGAGCAUGAAAAAAACAGAUUGUGAAUGUUGAAUAAGCCCUAUUGAAAUCAAUACUGUCAAUAUUUGGAAAAUAUUUUACGGAAAGAAGGCUGUUGAGAAUGACUGGUGUGGCCUUAAAUUGCAGUCCUAUAGUGCUCCAAGAAAGAGGGAAUGGGGAAGGAAAAACAAGCUUUUGUUUAAAUCUUUAUUACAUAUUCAAUUAUAGAUGUAUUUUUGAUGUGAGUUCCAAUUGUAUAGAAUGAGAAGCUGAUGACAACAUCAGCUGCAGCAACAACAACAAAAAACAGCACCUGGUAAACAUUUUUGAAGUUAACACUCUACUUGUUCAGAAUUGUAAAAAUGAGCUUCAGUUGUAAUCUUUAUAAACUAAACUGCGGUUAAGUAGAAAGCAAGCCAACUUAUUACGUGUUUUUUCUUUGUUUUAAUUUGAUAUGAUAUUUACGUUAAUCUAACUCAGUUAUGUGGAUAGGACUUGAUUAUAAGAACCAGCUUAGGUGAUCUGCUGUAGGAAAAAAAUCAAAGUAUAUUCUUCAAAUCUACUCUAUUUUGAUGCCUAAUUCUGUUCUGGGAGAACACCUUGUAAUUGUCAUUGUUUUUUGUA